AUGGAUGAUAUAAACAAUGAUGUUAUAAACAAUGAUGUUAUGAACAAUGAUGUUAUGAAUAAUAAUGUUAUGAACAAUGAUGUUACUAGUCUUGAUGAUAUUUCAAAUGAUUCUAUUUUUGCUUCAGAAGCAGAUUCUACACAAACAGAGACAACACAAUUAUUAAAUAGAAGAGCUCAUGAAAUGAAGACUCAUAUCGCAUUGAAAUAUAAAGGAAAAGAUUUUACAAAGAUAUUAAACCCAGAGUAUAAUUCAUCUAAGAGAACUACAUUGGUAAUAUCAAUCUUGGAUGUAGAAGCAACAAACAUAACACUAAAAAUAGAGAAAGAAUUAUUGAAAUCUAAAAAUCUAACAUUGUAUAAGAAGAAACAAUAUAUUUAUUCUUUACGUGAUUUUUCAAUAUCCUCUUAUACAGCAAAUUUUAAUGCUGUAAAAAUAAUAGAAGUAAUAGAAAAUGUUGGACCUGAAAAAUUUGUUGCAGUAGUGUUUGAUGCAGAAAUAGCAAUGACAGCGGCAAAAUAUCUGAUUACAACACAAUAUCUGCAUAUUUUACCUGUGAAUACUGUAAAAGAGUUAAUUAGUAAUCGUCAAUUUUGGAUUGAUGUGGAACAAUUGCAAGAUAUUCUCCGCCCAGUAAAAUGA